GAUGCAUCCAGCGGGUACCACGUGGUACCCACCCGGCACUGAAAAUUUUUCCGAGCGAGCCUCUCCCGAUACCAUGCGCAGCGAGUGCAGUGCGCACUCCCACUCGGCUCUUCCCCAUCUCUGAAGCUUCACUUUCAGAUCACUGUUUCUCUCUCCCUAACUUCGCUUUCACACACUCUCUCUCUCUCUCUCUCUCUCUCUCUCUCUCAAUCAGCUCCUUAAAUAGCACAGUAACCUCCUCACUCACUCCUUAACACUCCCCCUGAUAACUAACCAAAAACCUAGGGUUCCAAUUCCUCCCAAGUCUUAUCUCCUUCAGCUACAAUACAUACAUACAUUCACACAGACCCUACAUAAAUAUACAUAUACAUAAUACUCACAUGUGUGAUUGUGUAAGCGAGAAUUUCGAGUGAAUUGUGAAGAAUUCAUUGAAAUGGAUCCUCCGAUAAUCCACGAGGCAUCCUUCUCCGCGGCCAACCCGUCGUCGUACAGCCUGGCCGAGAUUUGGCCGUUUCCGAUUAACAACGGAAGCGGUGGGUUGGGGUUGAGAAUGAACAAUUUGAGCGGAUUCGGAGAGGCGACGUUGAAUCGGGACGCUUCGGUGGACGAAUCCACGGUUACGGAGCAGAGCGGCGGCGGUGGGAGGAGGAAGCAGCAGCGGAGGGAGGCGAAUUCGGAGGAUGAGUCGUCGAAGCUCGUUUCCACUAGCAGUGGCAAUGAUAUGAACAAUUCAAAUGGUAAACGGAUGAAAACAUCCAGAUCCAGAGAUGAAAACGGCGUCUCAAAAUCUGAAGAUGAAGAAAAUUCAGGGCUGGGGAAAAAUCCUGCUGAGCAAAGAACAAAAUCUUCUGAGCCUCCCAAGCAAGAUUACAUCCAUGUCAGAGCUAGAAGGGGUCAAGCUACCGAUAGCCACAGUCUAGCAGAGCGAGCCAGGAGAGAAAAGAUCAGUGAGAGGAUGAAGAUUCUGCAAGACUUGGUCCCAGGAUGUAACAAGGUUAUUGGGAAAGCACUUGUCCUUGAUGAGAUAAUUAAUUACAUCCAGUCACUGCAGCGUCAAGUUGAGUUCUUGUCGAUGAAACUUGAAGUAGUCAAUUCAAGGGUGAGCUCCCCCAUUGAGGGAUUUCCUCCUAAAGAGCUGGCGCCGACAUUUGAUGCAACUGGGAUGAUUUUUGGGACACAAGGAACAAGGGAAUAUGUGCAAGUAUCCCAACCCGAAUGGCUUCAUAUGCAGAUCGGCAAUUGCUUUGACCGAGCUCCAUGAUUUAACCAUCACCCCCUAUUAAUUUGCAACUAGGGUUUCAGCUGCAUAUUAGACUCCUUCAUCAUCUUUAAUCGGAGGAGAAUUUGAUCAUUGCUUUCCACCAUCUAUGGCAGUCUUCUAUCCUGACAACCAUUCGUAAAACCAUAGUUGUGUAGAAAUGUGGUGUCUUCUUUCUGUUUCGGCUAAUUUAGUUUACUGUAAUUUGUUGUAUUGGUGUUAAAAAAGCCUUAUAGGGUGAUUGUAAUCAGAAAGAACUGUUCCCUAUUCCUCGUCAUCAAUUCAAUCUGCUGAUACAAAUUAUAUAGAAA